AUGGCGCCCAAUAAGCAGGCGACCCUGGGGAAAUUCCUCAGCACGCCAGGCAGCAGCGGCAGCCGGCCAACGCCCACGCAGCAGACGAAACUUUCGUUUGCGACAAGACCGGCCAGUGGUGGUACUGGUGGCAGCCGGGGGGCGAAGGCGGACGGCGAGAGCUCGACAAAGGAGAACGGGACGCCGGAAAAGAAGGACAAAAAGAAGCGAUCACCCGGACGUGAAGGCACGGUGGACAGGAAGGCGGGAAGCGAAGUGGACGAGCCAGUGGCCAAGCGGCCACGGAAAGCACGCAAGGUAGUAGAGGACGACGAAGACGACGAAGCCAGCGAGAGCGGCAGCUUGACGGCGGCGGUCAUCAAAAAAGAAGGGACCGAUGACGAUGCGCCGGAAGCCAAGGCAGUAAAGAAAGAGGUGAAGGAGGAAGAGAAGGCGGGAUUAUCCAGCUCAGAGUCGGACCUGUCGGGGUCAGAUUCGGAGUCGGACGGGGCGGACGGGGAGGAAAAAAAGCCGAAAGCCAAGGCCAAGGCCAAAGCAUUGACGCGCAAGAAGGUGCAGGCGUUGCUGGACACGGUCAAGGGAGACGCAUACGCGGACUGGAAGGCCGGGGAGCCGGUGCCGUACGCGGCGCUGUGCCAGACGUUUUCGCUAAUCGAGAUGACGACGAAGCGGCUGGUGAUCAUGGAGCACUGCUCGCUGUUUCUGCGGCAGGUACUGCGACUGACGCCGGGAGACCUGCUGCCGACAGUGCUGCUGAUGGUGAACAAGCUGGCACCGGACUACGCGGGGAUCGAGCUGGGGAUCGGCGAGUCGCUGAUCAUGAAGGCGAUCGGCGAGACGACGGGACGCAGCCUGGCGGUGAUCAAGCAGGACCAGAAGGAGAUUGGAGACCUGGGCCUGGUGGCGGUCAAAUCGCGAUCGACGCAGCCGACAAUGUUCAAGCCGAAGGCGCUGACGGUGCAGGGAGUGCACAAGGGGCUGAUGGCGAUCGCGACGGUGACGGGCAUCGGGGCACAACAGCGCAAGGUGGACGGGAUCAAGAAGCUGCUGGCAGCAGCGGACGCGACAGCAACAGCAGCAGCCGGACGACGGGUGGCAGUGGACAUCAACAAGGACAAGGGCGGGGCGAGCGAAGCCAAGUACCUGGUGCGGUUCCUAGAGGGCAAGCUGCGGCUGGGCCUGGCGGAAAAGACGGUGUUGGUGUCACUGGCACAGGCGGUGAUGCACCACGAAGCGCAGACAGCCGGACGAGCAGACGGAAAGGAGACGCAGGCGAGCGCGAGCGAGCUGGAGCAGGCAGAGGCGAUGCUGAAGACGGUGUACAGCGAACUGCCGAGCUACGACAUUAUUGUGCCGGCGAUGCUGGAGCACGGGAUCAUGCAGUUGCGGAAGCACUGUCAGCUGCGACCGGGAAUUCCGCUGAAGCCGAUGUUGGCGAAGCCGACCAAGGCGAUCACGGAGGUGCUAGACCGGUUCGAGAACCAGACGUUUACGUGCGAAUACAAGUACGACGGCGAGCGGGCGCAGAUCCACUACGUGGCAGCGGACGCGGCGACGGGGACGGACGGACUGUCGGCGAUCUUCUCGCGCAACUCGGAGGAUCUGUCGAAGAAGUACCCGGACAUCCUGGCGAAGCUGGCGACGUGGGUGCGACCGGGCACGACGAGCUUUGUGCUGGACUGCGAGACGGUAGGCUGGGACGUGGAGGAGCGCAAGGUGCUGCCGUUCCAGCAGCUGAUGACGCGCAAGCGCAAAGAUGUCAAGAUUGCGGACGUCAAGGUGCGGGUAUGCGUGUUUGCAUUCGACCUGCUGUACCUCAACGGAGCAGCGCUGGUGGAGCGGCCACUGCGAGAGCGACGGGAGCAGCUGGCGAGUGCAGUGUUGCCGGUGGAGGGUGAGCUGGCAUUUGCGAGCUCGAUGGACGGACGGGAGCUGGACGAGAUCCAGACGUUUCUGGACGAGAGCGUGCGGGCGUCGUGCGAGGGUCUGAUGGUCAAGAUGCUGGACGGACCGGAGAGCGCAUACGAACCGAGCAAACGGUCGCGCAACUGGCUGAAGAUCAAGAAGGACUAUCUGGCCGGCGUGGGCGACUCGCUGGACCUGGUCGUGCUGGGAGCGUACUUUGGGCGCGGCAAGCGGACGAGCGUGUACGGGGCCUUUCUGCUGGCUUGCUAUAGUCCUUCGGCCGAGGCGUUUGAGACGAUCUGCAACAUUGGCACAGGCUUCAGCGAGGCCGUGCUGGACGAGCUGCACGGCCAGCUGAGCGCCAUCGUCAUCGACCGGCCCAAGCCGUUCUACGCCCACAGCGCCGGCGGCCAGCACCAGCCCGACGUCUGGUUCGAGCCGCGGUACGUCUGGGAGGUUCGUACGGCCGACUUGACGCUCAGCCCGCGCUAUCAGGCUGCCUGCCAUGAGGGCGUGGACCCUAGUGCUGACUCAGCACAGCCGGGUGCCACGGGUCGCGGCGUCAGUCUACGGUUCCCGCGCUUCAUCCGGGUGCGCGACGACAAGAAGCCGGACGAGGCGACGACAUCGCGCCAGGUGGCCGAGAUGUUCCGGCGACAGGAGAGCAUAGCGAAAAGCAAGGGACCGUCGGUGGACGAUGAUUUUGAGUAUUAG